AUGGCACCCAGACGAAAGCCGGUUUUUACAACCGAUCCUCAUGAUGCCUUCGGACUUCUAAAACGGUCUUUGUUACUUCGCUGUCAUGCAGAGGGUGAACCGCCACCACUUAUUAUUUGGUAUAAGGAUGGACAACAGGUUCAAUCUAUCAGAGAAAGACCUGGAACUUCAAAUAAAAUUAUUAAGUCUGGUGAAUUAAUGUUUCUUUCAUUUGAACCAGAUGAUGAAGGAACUUAUUAUUGUAAUGCUUCCAACUCUGAGGGUUGGACUAAAUCAAAGUAUGCACAUGCUCAACUUGCUUAUCUGGAACCUAUUACUGAAGGUCCACAGAGUCAAGUUACAAGUACUGGGGAAAAUGUAAUUAUGCAAUGCAAAAUCCCUCAAGGUUUACCCACUCCUGUUGUAAACUGGUAUCACAAUACUGAGCCUGUUCAAACCUCCCAACGUAUUAACAUAAUUGAUGGUGAUCUUCACAUCUCUGAAGUUCAACGAAAAGAUGCUGGAACUUAUCAAUGUGAAGUCCGAAACCAUGCCGGUAGGCGUGAAAGUGAAGCCGCAACUUUAACAAUUCAUCAAAAACCCCGAUUUGAGAUUACUCCUUCGAAUCAGCAGGUUAAAGUUGGUGAGGAUGUGGAAUUUGUAUGCCGUGUUAAUGGUGAUCCGAAGCCCUCAAUUCUCUGGCGUCGGGAAAAUGGACAGCAUAUCCCUGAAGAUCGAAGUGUACUGCGAGAUGAUAAGAGCUUGCGUAUUUUCCAAGUUAGAAGGGAAGAUGCUGGGACUUACGUCUGUCAAGCAAAGAAUGAAGCAGGGAGUAUUGAUGCGUCUGCGAAAUUGGUUGUCCUUUCUCCUCCUAGCUUUACCAUUACUCCCACUGACACAACUGUCGCAGAAGGGGAAAGAGCUGUUUUCAAUUGUCAAGCUGGCGGUUCACCACGACCUUUCAUUCGGUGGGUCCACAAUGGUGAAUAUUUUCUCUAUCCAGACUUUAGAACUCCUCAUUUAACUGGGACACCUCGGGUGUUUGUUGACCACGAGGGUAGUUUGGUUGUAACAUCAGCUCGAAAAUCAGAUGAAGGGAAGUAUGAGUGUAGAGCAUCACACAAAACUGGUAUGGUUAGGUCGUCUGCUAACCUCUUUGUAAGUGACUCUAACCCUCCUCCAAUAAUUGUGAUCGAGCUGGGUCCCCAAAAUCAGACCGUUCUACUUGGAACUACGGCAACUCUUCGAUGUGAAGCACAUCUUCUUGGAUCAGUUGGUUUGCCAGAGAGACUUCAGCAGGACUCGUACGGUGUUACUGUGACUUGGUCCAAAAAUGGUUUUAAUUUUACUCCUGACAGUGACCCGAGAGUUGUUCUUCUCUCACAGGGUACCCUGCAAAUAAAUGAUAUUAAUUUUAAUGACCAAGGAAACUAUACUUGUCGUGCGGAGACUACCCCAGUAAUUUCUCAGUUACAUCAAAAGUCCCAACCGAUGUACACUACUGAGUGGACUGCUAAUCUUCAUGUUACUAGAGCUCCUUUACAUCCUGCUUAUCAACCCUCUCUCGUUGAAAAUCUUCCAAGACCCCCUGCCACUGUUGACAUUGUAGAUGUCGGCGAUUCUUGGAUUUCCGUCAAGUGUACUGUUUCUCCUCUUCCUGUUUAUGGGGAUGUUCAAAGCGAUCAACCUUUGAGUGAAUUCGGACUCCCUUUACCUUCCGCACAUGUUGUUGAAAGAACCCGAGUUCAAAUUGAGUACGUUGGAAUUGAUGGUAGCUCCGGAGGAUGGAUAGUUGCGGCUGAAGCAAGACCGGAUGAAGUCGUCAAAAUUAGUGGCCUUCAAUCAGAGAGUGGAUAUCGGAUUCUCGCGAGAACCGUCAGUCCACGUGGUGUUGGUAGACCGCAUAUUCUUCCCCAUACUGUCUACACAAAGAAAAGACAUCGUUAUGUCAAUUUCACGCACUACCCUACUGAUCAUAUUAACUCUGUUAUCUUUAGUACUCCCCAGCUGACUAGUCUUUCCACUUCUGAAAUCGAGAUUUCUGGUAGAAUAUGUGGUGCACCAAAUGCGUUAACUUUGCUCACUGGAAUUAGGGUCCGUUAUCGGGCUGUACCGCUUACUCGUUGCCUACUCCCUUCGGAGUCUACUACACUCUUAACUGAUCAGUGUCUAAACUAUGCACCAUCUCUGUAUGCUGAAGACGUGGAUGAUAAUCUCGCUUCAAUGUCUGAAAAUUACUGCUCCCUUGCUAUGCUUUCUGACGCUUCUGUGGACCAUUCGCGAACUCAGCUGCCACCUUCGAGUGAAUUGGAACACUAUCGCUUCAUGGAAUUGAGUCUUGUUGAUUCUGCGCCCUUUAGAAUGGUUCUGGAUAACCUCAGCCCCUUCGUCUGCUAUGAGGUAGAAGUGGAUGCGUAUUCGGAGGAUCAUACUCUUGGAAGGGUUUACAGCCAAGCGAGUCGUUCGGCUAAUGUCUUGACAUUUGACAGCACUCCUAGUCAAGCCCCACAGGAUGUUAAAGCUCGAUGGAUCGGAGGGGAAGGAGAAAUCGACAACAAAGUACUGGAAGUUGUUUGGUCUCCACCCCCAUCUUGGUCUACCAACGGCCUCAUCACCGGAUUCUCACUUAGACUUCUCGGACGAGAUUUGGAACAGAGGAAAACUUUUAGGGUUGGUCCCAAAGUGAAUCAAUAUCGUGUGGAAAACUUGCAGCCAAAUACAAAUUUCACUCUCUAUCUGGCUGCCAUUACAUGUCAUGGUGAAGGUGUCCGUUCAGAACCGUAUCCAAUAAUUGCCAGUAAUUACAUCCGUCUCAUGGGUCGUAACGCUUCUGAUUUCUUUGUAUUCACUCGUCAACCGCCUGUCACAUCAACUCUGAGUCUAGACGGGGUGCCUGCUUUCAAUUUCAAGCCUUCGGAUACUACUCAGUAUCCUCUAGAGGGUGGUCAUUAUCCUCCCGUUGGAGUUAAGGUCUACAAUCAUACCUGGUUCAUUGCUUCCCUAAUAGGAGUUGCUGUUCUCUGGCUACUUAUCUUUGCAAUAAUCUUGGUAUGCAGAAGAAAGAGGGUUAAACAGCGAUACCCUCCUACUUCAGCAGCUCUUGGAGUCGGAGGUGGAGAUGAUAUGUCUUUCAGAUUGAAGCGGAAUGUGGACAGAAAUAGUAAGAUUGGACUGCUGGAUUCGGGGAAGGAGAAUGGAGUGUUACUGCAGCAGAAUCACCAUACUCAACAGAACCAGCAGCAGUCUAUUCUAGCGCCUGUUGGUCUGAUGAAACAUAGUUCACCACGACUCCAGAUGGGAACUGGAAUUUUGACUGCUCAAAGAUCUGCUCAACAGCAACCACAGCCACCUAUGCAUCAUGACGAAGCAGGAUACGAGGCUCCUGGUGAGUAG